AUGGCAUCAAAAAUUAAAUUGAAUAUAGCUAAAACCGUUUUUAAUGUGUUUCGUCCUCAAUGGGUCAAUACAUCAUUCGAAACGAUAUUUAAAUAUUUCAGUAAAGUCGAAUAUGAUCCACAGGCUGGAGUAUAUUGGGUACUUAACCUUCCUAACGACGAUGCAAAUAAAUUACAUCCGGAUUUAUUAAAAAAUGUUAAAAAAGAACUCGUUGAAAAUAUCGGCGGCGUUGACGAAACACACGUGAAUGAGGGAAAAGACGAAUAUAAAUUUAACAUAAAAUUGGAUACUCGACAAUUUGUAAAAGAUGUUUUAGAAUCGGAUCCCAUCAGCCUUAAUUUUGAGCCUAUUGGAAAAAAGGUGAUUGUCGAAUAUAGUUCUCCUAAUAUAGCUAAACCUUUUCACGUUGGCCAUUUAAGAUCGACAAUUAUAGGAAAUAGUAUUGCGAAUAUAAAAAAAAAAUUAGGAAACAAUGUAUUUAAAUUAAAUUAUUUAGGAGAUUGGGGUACUCAAUUUGGAAUAAUUCAACUUGGCGUAGAACAUGAAAAUUAUACAAUCGAUGACAUUAAAAAAGAUCCUAUUAAUCUAUUGUUCAAAGCUUAUGUUAAGGGAAAUCAAUUGUCCAAACUCGAUCAGGAUGCUUAUGAAAAAGCUAAAAAAAAUUUUUAUUUGCUUGAGCGACAAGAUGAGAAAUUAAUUCAACUGUGGGAUAAAUAUCGAAUGUGGACCUUGGAAGAAUUAAAUGCUACAUAUAAAAGAUUAGGAGUUGAAUUUGAUAGUUUUUCAUGGGAGUCUGACUACAGGAGGAGCCAUGCUGACAACGUUUUAAAACUUUUAGAAGAAAAAGGAAUAUUGUCGACAGAUGAAUUUCAAAAAAAAGUAGCUGUAAUAGAUGAUAAAGUCAUACCUUUGAUAAAAAGCGACAACACAACAUUAUACAUUUGUCGAGAUUUAAUGGCCGUUUUGGAUAGAAUAUCAACUCACAAUUUUGAUGAGAUGUAUUAUGUUGUCGAUAAUGGUCAAGCAGAACAUUUUACAAAUUUAUUUAAACUUUGCGAAAAGUUGGAAAUAAGUAAAAACAAAAUACUACGGCAAAUCAAAUUCGGUAAAAUAAACGGAAUGAAAACAAGAAAGGGUAACGUUAUUUUUUUAAAAGAUGUCAUCGAUGAAGCACGCGAAAGAGUACUUGCAAAACAACAAUCGACAAAAACUACCAAAACAUCAGCAGACGAUAGAGAAACCGCCGAUGUGCUCGGAGUAUCCGCCGUCAUUAUCAACGAUCUCAAACGUAGUCGCACGAAAGAUUACGCGGCAAAAUGGGAAGACAUGUUACAGAUGACGUCAGACACGGGAGUUUUCCUACAGUACUGUCACUGCAGAUUGUGUAAUCUCUCAUUGGAAUGUGGCAAAACAAUGGCGAGUUAUUGCGAUCCUCAAGCACUUAAAGAAAUCGAAGCCAUUAAUUUAAUUAAACAAAUUGCAAAUUACGAAAGCAUUUUGAUUAAAUCGAACGAAACGUUACAACCUAAAGAAUUGGUUUCGUAUUUGUUUGCUCUUUGCCGCGCAACGAACGGAGCGUUGAAAAAUUUAAACGUCAAAUCAUCUGAUGAUCAUACCGGAAGUCAAAGACUUUUACUUUUUGAAAAAACAAGAUCCGUUCUUGAGGACGGUAUGAAAUUGUUAGGUUUAAAACCUCUUAGAAAAAUGUAA